UACUAGUCGUUAUCAACCUAGUAACACUAUGAACCACCUUUGAGCUUAACUCAAAUUUUGGAAUUCUUUCCACAUAAUAAAUGAGUUCAUCGUGAUUUACAAAUUUAUGGGAGAAAAAUUAUAUGACCCAACUAUACCACCCUAGUAUAGGGUAGUAAGGGUUCGUUUGGAGGUUGAGAUUCUCUCAAUUGAUGCAUUUGUUCAAUUGAUGUAUUUGAAUUAGAUGAAUUGAAUGAAUGUAUGAAAUUGGAGAAUACCUUGUUUGGAAGUUGAGAUUGUAUCUUUUUGCAUAAAAAAAACAAAACACUUUUCAGCACACAAAGUCACAAUUACCCUUCAUUGAUUUCUCUUUCUCCUCCAACUCUCGUUUGCCUUUACAGCACAAAAUAUAAGCCAUUUCAGAGGAGAAAAAAAUAUUGUUAAAAAGAAGGAGAAGGUGACCUUACUGCAGCCAAAUGAGCUCCCGACGAAUCCGCCAACAUCCUGGUGAGAACGUAACGAUUUUGGUCAAGUGCAAGUGUGGAUAUCUCGCAAUCAAUAGGACAUCCCAUACGCCUGGUAAUCCGAAUCGGAAGUUCUUCCGCUGUCGAAAAUGGAAUCCGAAGCAGUCGGAGAAUCCUUGUGAUUUUUUCGUGUGGCAAGAUAUACAGGUGGCAAUUGAGAAGAAGAAACAAAAGUAUAAAGUCUUGAUCAGUGGUUUGAAGAUGGAUAACACACGUUUUAGGGAAGAGAAUUUUUCCCUUAGCAAAUGGAACAAUGAACUUCAAGAGUUACUUGCUCAACUACUGGUGGGAAACUUACAGCUGGAAAAUAAAAAUUGCACAGAACAAGAUCUGUGUACGCCUAUGAAAGAGGAACUCGAUAUGAUUAGAGCUAGGUUGGGUUUUGUAGAGUCUGUUGUGUUAGGCCUAAUGCUGCAGAGAGUAAUUCAUGUGCACUUGCAGCUUCAGUCUUUUGUAUGAUCAAUGUACUUGUUGUUGUCUUUUGUAAUGCAUGUUAGAGAUGUGUAAUGUAUGAAGCUUGCUUCAACCAAAAAAAAAAAAUGUAUGAAGCUUGUUGUUGAAAUGCAAAUGUUGCUGCUGUUCUUUUUCUGUUAAACCAGGAUGUGUUAAGAAACCAAAAAACCAGCUUGAACAUGGAUGCCAAAAUAGAACGUAGAGAACGGC